AUGUCAUCUCUUAUUAAAAAAGAUUAAAAGAAAGCUCCAAAUUAGUACUUAGAUUUUGAUUAAUUGACUCAUAAGAAAUAUCACUAUGAUCAAAAGAAAGCAAAUGAAUAAUCUAUUAAGUAAGAAUAGUAUAUUCAAGAUCUUAAAAAAGCGUAUUUUAGUUAAAUAAUUAUUAGUUAUGAUUAACAAAAAUUAGAGAUUGAACCUUUAUUCUAGAAAGUUGAAUUGUUAUAGAUAGAGAGAAAAUAAUUGAUGGAUGAAAUUGAAUAAUAUAAAAUGAGUUAAAUGGAAAUUCUUAAAAAAUAUGAAUAUGAAUAUUAAGAGAAAGAUAAAUUAAAUAAAGAAUUAACAAAGCUUAAAUAAUAAAUUUAAGCAUAAUAGAAGAUGUAAUUGCCAAAAGAAUUUUAAGAUAAAAAAUGUCAUGAAUUAAAAGAAUCAUUAUUUGUUACAAUUAAAGAUAUUAUGAAGGACUUUUUAGAUAACUAUAAUCAUAUAAUGGGAUUUAAAGAUGAAAUUGAAUGUAUUUAUAUAAUUUAAUAAUUUAAGUGUCUAAUAAUUUAUUAGAUGAAUUACUUUAACAAAUUGAUGAUUCAAUUAAUAUGUUUGUAGAUAAUUUACCUGUUUAAUCAAACAAAUAAUUACAAUCAGAAGAGAUUCAACACUUAAAAGAGUAAAUUGAAAAAACUAUAUAAACGGUCUCAAAUUUAUAAUCUGAGAAUUAAGAUUUAAGUACAGCUUUAGAUAUAGAAAAAUAACAUAAAGAAAAAAUAAUCAAUUAAAGAAAUAACUAAUAAUAAAUAAUCAAUCAAUUAAAUAAUUAAAUUGAAAUAAUUAUUAAUGAAAAAAAAGUUCUUGAAUCCUAAAUGUAGGAAAUUUAAAUGAAAAAUCUAGAAUUUUAAUAAGAUAUAUGUAGAGUAAAUGAUUUUAAAGAAGAGGAGAAUGAAAAAUUAAAAAAUGAAUUUAUUGAUUCAAUUAAUGAGCUUUAAAAAUAAAUAUCAAAAUUAUAAAUAGAAAAUACUAAAUUAACAACAUAAAUAUAAAAUAAUACUUAAUAAUAAAAUAAAGACAAAGAAUAAUUAAAUAAUAAACUUAGAGAAUUGGAAAGUAAGCUUAAUUAAGAAGAGAUUAAAUAUGAAUAAAAAUUUAAAGAAGUAAUAAAUAAUAUAAUAAUAAAUAGAUGGCAAGAAUUGAAAAAGAAAUGAUUUAAUAUAAAGCAGAAGCAACCAAAUUAUUUGAAGAAAAUAAUUUAUACUAGAAGUAAUUGGAAGUAAUCAAAGAUAAAAGAAAGCAGGAUAAAGAAGUUCUAGAUAAAUAAAAAGAAAAAUUCAAAAAACUUAAAUUACAAUUAUAAUAGACUGAAAUAGAAUCUUAAACUAAAAUAGUCUAAUUAGAAGAAUAAAUAACACAACUUACAUAAUAAUUAGAAUAAGAUAAUUCUAAAUAAUAAAUCAAUUAUAAUACAGAAGUUCUAAUGGAAAAAGAAUUAGAAUUAUCGAAAUUAGAUUAACUUCUUUCAGAGUAAUUCAUAUAUGUUAUAUUUAGAUCAACUUAAAAAAUCAACGACUAAAAGUAGCUUAUUGUAGAAAUGAAAAUUUAGAUUAAUUCAUUUUAAUAAGAAUUGCAAGAAUUAAAACUUACAAAUUAAUAACAUUAAGAAAGAAGAGCAGUUGCAUUUAGUGAAAUUAAUCGUUUAGAAUAAUAAAAUUGUAUUUAAAAAUAAGUAAUUUUGACUAUAAAUAUAUUAGCGUAUUAAUGAUUAAGAUAUAACUAUAAAAUAACUAUAAUCUGAAAUAUAAGAACUAUAGAAAUAAUCUAAAAGUAAUUCUCAAUAAAAUCAAGUACCUAUUCUUAAUCAAAGUUUUACUAAAACAUUAAUAGUUGAAGGCAAUAAUAAUCUAGACUCAUCUAGAUUAUCUGAUACAGAUACUUAAAUCUCGAAGACUGCUAAAGCUGCUAAUUUAAUUUUGAAUGGCUUGAAUUAUUUUAAACUUAGACCUAUUCAAUAGGUUGAAGAUCCUGAUAGAAAAAUUGCUGAAAAGGCUUUAUAAAAGUAAGCAGAAGAGUUGAAAAUCAAUUUAGAAUAAUUAUAUAAAAGUUUCUUAUCUACUUUAUUACUUAAUCAAGUUAAUGAUGAAAAGUUUUUGAAGUUUGAGAGAUAAAUAAAUGAAUGUGUUAAAAGGACAUAAGAUUUACAUGAUAAUAUUGAGGAUUUCUUUUGA